CUCCACUUUUGCGUUACCGGCGAUCGCUAAGCCUACGAGCUUUAUCAUGCCUCGCGCUGUCGAAUUUCACCCUUUGCUUACGAAAUGGACUGCGCAGUGACGACCUCGAAGCCUGGUGUCCGUUCCAGAGUCGAACUCACCCUGGGAAACCAGGGUAGCCUCCAACUUGACCCUUGGCGACCCUGUAAUUGUCGUCAAAGCCUUGCAAAAAUUAAUAUUGUCGACUUGAACCCAUGGGUUUCCGAUAUUGAAGAUGGAAUCCAAACUUGCAAACUCCAAAGGGUCGCUACGCCCAAGUCAAGCUCCUCCGAAAGCUCCCAAGCGAACCAAGCCCGCAAGAUGGAACCCGUUGCCGAUCCUCUUGGAGCUUGGCAUCAUGGGGGUCUGCAUUGCCAGUCUCGCCCUCGGCAACCUUGGCUACCUAUCGCUAAAUACUGUGCCGCAGAGCGCAGCGCAUUGGAACCUAUGGUCGGAACAACUCAUAACCUUUGGAUACGGAAUUGUCGUCCAAAUAGCUCUUUUGGGACCCCUUCAGCUUGGUCGAAAAAUAUGCCAGCUUUGGCUCGCAUCGAAAAUCGUCUCUCAUGGCAUUCCAUGCCGACAAAUGGUGACGGCUUGGUCGGCUAUAUACUGCAACUCGCAUCGCGGAGUUGAGGACAUCUGGCGAGGCUGGAUUACGAUUACUUUGUUUAUGCUGACUGUUUAUAUCGCAGAAAUUGUUGUGAUUGGUGGCAUUGGGUCUCUGUACUACAAAGCUCCAUUGACGGCGGUGCGGUUCGUCUCUCCGGUACCAUUACUGGGGCCGUUUCAAAGCAAUAUGACGACCUUCGAGGAAGGGCCUUACAUUACCGAGCUAGCACUGAGAACGAUCUUGAGCCUAGGUCAGCUCUACGAUCCUAUGACCUUGGAUGGUUUGCUAAUCCCAAACAGCACGCUCUCUGAUUGCUCUGAGACGGGCUGCACGGGGACCAGUUCUGUUAUCCUUUCGCCCAUGGCCCCGUCAGCUUCGACUGAAGGUGCUUUCUGGAAGUGGCCGUGGCCGGGACCAUGGGAAAGUACGGCCAGGAAUGAUCGUGUCAUCGGAGAAGUCUCUUCGCUAUCUGUCGACGUUUCGUGUUCCCCGCAGGCAUUCUAUAUAAAUAAGAGCGUCGUCGACUAUUGGUACUAUCAGACCAACGCACCGGACGGCACUCCCCUGGCGUAUGCCAACUAUGCCCUCGAGACAUGGUACAUACGAGGCCCUCAAGUUUCUUUGGUAUCCUUGGAAAUUGACGACCAUGACGCGGAGCACUUUACACCAUACGUGCUGGACGACAGGGUCUACUUUGGAGUUCUGACAAACAACCUCGACGGGACGGUUUUUGAAAACAUGGACAACAGUGUAUCCGAAGCGCACAAGGAUCUUAACGCUACGGUUCAAUACAGUACGGCUCUCUGCUCCGCCGGAGUCAAGCUGGGAAAAGUGGCUGGGAUUAUGGAGAUCCUGUCCGUGACUCCGUCGUUGAAAGCUUCGAUAUCUUCUGCCCAAAAUGCGACCACACCGACAUCGUAUCCCUUGUCGAAAGGGACCAGCGGUUACCCGAUGGCAUUUUAUUUGAGCCAGUUCGUACAAUACGUCACCUGCGAUAUCCUUGGAUGCUCAGCUGCGUCGGGACAAGUUCCAUGGUUUGACACGUUGAUUGGGAUGCUGCAAGUGGAUGCCGCAGGAAAUGCCAUCGUCGACCCGGCGAACCAGAUGAAGACUAUAUCCGUCUCUGUGGCACGACUUCUCGCCCUCUCGCUAGCAUCAUUUACGACCGAACUACUGGAUCCGGCCACCAAUACCACCCUCACAGCGGAGUAUACGGUGAAAUCGAAUGAGAUCAGCCAUGAUAUUUACAACAGUCGUGGCUUCGACAUCUUGCUCAUAGUCGGCCUAGUAUGUGGAUUCCUCCUCCUGAUCUGGGAUGGCAUCAUGAAAGUGUGGUGCGCGUUGGCGGGUGAUGAAGUGGCAGUUCAAAAGCGAGCGAUCGUCAUCGGGAUGACUGAGAGCAUUUACAUGCUUCUCAAGGGUUUUGAGCGGAGUCAGCUCAACACUUUGCUACCCGAUCUCUCCAAAUCAACACCCGAGGGCGCCCGCGAAGCGGUGGAUGGACAAUUCCUAGAAGUAGACUCGGAAGUCGCAGGGCUCGUCGCCCGGCGGCCUCCCGAUCGCGCGGGUCACAGUGUGAAAACGACGAAAGACAUAACUGAUGGAGAAGGGGAUGCGUGAGGGUUAUGCGUUCCUAUGCUAGAUGGACCCAAAUGAGUCGGACUGACUGGGAGUGGGCGAGAGAACUGCGUUGCAGAAUCGGGCACAUAUGUUCAGGAAAACGUCGGCGUCACGGCCGGAUUCAAGAGAAUGGGCAACCCCAUACAAAAUCAAUAGUUCGUAGAGUUUUCCCUAGAACUAGAUGAACUUCUAGAGAUCGAGUCGAGGACUUGUUUCCGUCUCAAGCGGUCCACAUUUGAAGUUGUCUAUCACCUCAAUCACAACAUCGGCAAGCAGGUGGCAUAAUACAUAACUUUACGCAGGUAGCUCACAGACUGCGUAUGUACAGUAUAGUACGCUACAUUACCAUUCCCGAUCGCACACCCACAUGGGCAAGAUAUUCCGUUAACGGGCGAAG